UGCCCUUUUUACAGUUUUGUGUAACUUUUGUGGUCUUUGUGGUCUCUUUGUUUCUCUCUGCAGCUGCUUUACUUCUCGUUGUGGCUCUUUUGUGUCUCUUCGUGGUCAUUUGAGUCUCUCCCUUGUUGAUGUGUGUCUUUUUGAGUGACAUUCCGGAGGUGAAGGCCAGAGGGCCCCCUGACACUCUGGUCCCCUGGGCCUGUGCCUGCUAGGCCUGUUCAGUAAUCCAUCCAUGCAUAUAUCUGCUGCUGGGAAAUCAUUAAGCUGCUCUGACAUGGCCAAGAGGAAGAUGGAUAGCAUCGGGCAGAGUGGGAUGGUGGCACUCAUACUGCUGUCUAAUCUAACAAAGAUUUUUGUGAAUGCAAGCCUGGAGGUAAAUGAAACUCAGCAGCAACAUCCAACCAACGUCUACCAUGACAUGGGACUCACCAGGAACAAGAUAGUUACAGCACAGUUUGAGUGCUAUCAAAAGAUAAUGAAGGACGAUGCCCAGGGCAGACAAGAACCCAUGUGUAACCGCACUUGGGAUGGCUGGCUGUGUUGGGACGACACUAAGGCAGGAGUGAACUCAGAGCAACACUGCCCCGACUACUUCCAGGAUUUUGAUCCUUCAGAGAUGGUUACAAAGAUUUGCACCGACAAUGGUCAUUGGUUCCUGCAUCCGGAGAGCAACCGGACAUGGACCAACUACACCCGCUGCAAUGAACACACCAAAGAAGGCAGAAUGACUGCAAUGAAUCUUUUCUACUUAGCUCUCAUAGGACAUGGCCUGUCACUGACCUCCCUCUUCAUCUCCCUCGGGAUAUUCUUCCAUUUCAAGAGUCUGAGUUGCCAAAGGAUCACACUUCACAAAAACCUCUUCUUCUCUUUCGUUCUCAACUCUGUGAUCACCAUCAUUUGGCUGACAGCAGUGGCGAACAACCAGGAGCUGGUGCAGAGGAAUCCAACGAGCUGUAAAGUGUCACAGUUCAUUCACCUCUACCUGUUUGGCUGCAAUUACUUUUGGAUGCUGUGUGAGGGAAUAUAUCUGCACACUCUCAUCGUGGUGGCCGUGUUCGCUGAGAAGCAGCACCUGAUGUGGUACUACCUUUUAGGCUGGGGCUUUCCUCUGAUUCCAGCAUCCAUACAUGCCAUCGCUCGGAGUUACUACUACAACGACAACUGUUGGAUUAGCUCCAAAACAUCGCUACUCUACAUCAUCCACGGCCCCAUCUGUGCUGCUCUUUUGGUCAAUUUGUUCUUUCUACUCAACAUUGUGCGAGUGCUCAUCACCAAAUUGAAGGUGACCCAUCAAGCGGAGUCUAGUCUCUACAUGAAAGCCGUGAGAGCAACCCUCAUCCUGGUGCCUCUUCUGGGAAUCCAGUAUGUCCUGCUUCCCUACAAGCCUGGGGGACGGGUGUCCUCGGAAAUAUACGACUACAUCAUGCACAUACUAAUGCAUUACCAGGGUCUACUGGUGGCCACCAUCUUCUGCUUUUUCAACGGAGAAGUCCAAGCGGUUUUGAGGAGGCACUGGAACCAGUAUCAAAUCCAGUUUGGAAGCAGCAUAGGGAACCACUCGGAUGCGCUACGAUCAGCCUCGUACACUGCUUCCUCCAUCACAGAGGUACAGGGCUGCUACAGCAUUGACAGCCACACAGAACACAUGAACGGCAAGGGCUGCCAUGACGCCGACGCCUCCAUCUUGAAGUCAGACAGUCCCUUCGCCUGACGACGACACUCUUCCCAAAGCCUACCCGCCCCUUAAAAACUGCAGCAUGUUUGGAGUUCCGUGGCAAACAGGGAAAUUUGCCUCUUCUUUAGAUACAAUGUUGGAAUAAAUGAGUGAGGAAAAGGAUGGCUCUAACCCACCUGAAGGAAACUGUCACCUAUCCGUCACACCGGCACAGGCCCUUUAACAGCACUGUACGGUGAGCUCGAUACAACUAUUCCUGCGCUGUGUUUUGUCUCCAAUCUGACACUGAACUGCUUCACUUGACUUUGGAUGCAUUCUGAUUAUCAUGAUAUUGUUGCGAUCUCUCUGCCUGACAAAAUACUUUUUAAAUGGAUGAAUAUUAACUGCUUGACUGUCCUUCUGGGGUCAUGUUGUGCACAAAAAGCCUUUGGUUACACUGUAAAUUAUUUUGACAUGGUUAGUGCCAAACCAAGAAAUCCUUGCCUGCCUCAUUUUUAUUUUUUUGUUAUUUUCAAUAUAAAAUCAGAACGAAGAUAGGACGUCUAACAGGUGCAUAAUAAUAUAUUAUAGCUAUGUUAUAUCUUUCACAUGUUAAACUUAAUUUAUCUGAACAUAUUCUUGUUUAUUAAAUAAAAUAAAUACCGUAUAGUAUUUAUUAAAGUUGACAUUUUUUCAAAAUUACUCAAAUAGGAUUGGUUGCCCGCUUCAUGUAAACUUUCAAUGUAUUUCCUGUUCGUUUUGGUGUUUGUUCUAUGUGUGCAGUUGAUGCAGAUGAUUUACAGAAUCAUACCGUUAGCUUGCAAGCUUCAUUUUUAGAGCUUUUAUCAUGCUAAUGUUUGAGUGUGUUUAAGUAAACCUUAGUGACCUGUGCAUCCUGUAAACCACAGUAGGUUGUAAUGUAACUUGUUAACACAAUAUUAUCACCGAGAAGCCAUCAUCACCACAUGUACUCAUUACACUCGAAUGUAACAGUGAUGUUUGAAGACCUGGUUCUGAACGUGUACGUAUCACAUUCCCAUUCACUGCUGUCUUUAGCCUUACUCCACUUACAUUACUUCAACAUAACCAUAUAUAAGCAUUACUGUGCGUUCAGACAGAAAACAGCUCUGCGUUAAAAAACGAGGAGUCAAACAGUGAGAGAUUAAAACGCAAUCUAGGAAGGCCAGUUUGAGUGCUAGAUGGAUGUCUUUUAAAAGAUUCAGUUGUGAUACAAUACUCACAUGCCAUACGUUAACAGCUGUAAUCAUUCCUUCUGUUCGCACAAGUUCUCAAAAAUAAACGACAGAAGAGGUCGUAUGUCAGUACCACAAAUUACGACGAAGUACGUAUCGCAGUACAGCGGUGCUACUAAAAUUAGCACAAACGUCGCACCCUCGCGGAUGUAAAAAAGGCUGCAUUUUCUGUGGAUUUAUAUUAUAAAACCACUGACCUAGGUUUAGGGCAAAAAAACUGUUAAGCGAUAUAAAAGAUUUAUUUAAACAGUAAAUUAAAUGUACGCAAAUGCCAGAAAAUCAGUUGUUACAAGAGUCACGUAACUACCACAUGUUAUGUCAAAAACUCGAUUCACGGAACUGACGUAAACAACGUAGCUUAAGUUAAAAAUCAUUUACUUUUGUUUUCACAUGAAACCCCGCUCUCCUGGGUGAAAGUCUGCCGCGGGAAUCUGCUCUUUUAAACUUUGCUUGGCUGUCAAUCACUACUACGUCAGCAAGAUGGCGGCGGACGCAUUGCAACAGACGGCGAAAUAUAAAUAUAUAAAUAUAACUAUUUUUUUCGCUGUCUGUACACACGACCUAUACUGACAUUUUUGAGGGGAAGUAGGCUGGUUUGUGCUAGUUAACUAGCUCUGUUUUUACUGACAAGUCAACCGUUAAUAGUACACUGAAUAAAAAUGUGUCUUUCAACGUGUGUUUGUACUAAAAGACACUCUAAAUAAUUGAAAACAUUUUUAUUUACGGAUACACCUUGCUAGCUAAGCUAUAUUGCUAGCUGAUAUCUCAGUUCCUCCCUCUUAUCCAAAUAUGGUCACUUCUUGCUCCAAAAAAAAAGGAAAAAGAAUGCCAACCUUGAGGCUAUAAAAAGUUAGUCCUCAAACCAAUGGGUUAUAUCUCUGUGGCUAUGUCCACUUCAUUUAUACCGUCUCCGGUUGUUAGCCAUAUCAGGCUAAGUAUCUUCAUGCUAGCUAGUUGCGUCUAGGUUUAUUAAUAUUUAUUUAGGAAGAACUUUUGUAAUAAAAAGGCCUUAACUUGAGAAGAUAUCCACUGUAUUUGGCUAACUUGCUGCUUACUGUGUUCUCUAGCUUUUAGUAGUUGCUUCAUAUUUAGUAUGUAGAGGGGGAACAAUUACAGCGACCAAUAGCUCUUUAAACAUACGUAUGGCAUGCGAACAUUGUGUUAAGAUAGGUUUGAAAAUAAAGUAAGUUAGGUUUGACUUUUUCAAAGGACGACCGUGCAUUUUUAUGUCAGAGCCUGCUGUUACAAAAGCAGUUUUUUUGUGCAAUGUCAAUCUGAACACAGCCUUAUUCAGGAGUGAUAAUAAUAUCACGUCUCACGAGACGAUGUGCAAAAAAAUACCGCAAAAAAGUUACCUUUGUGAAGCAUUUAGCUUAAGAUGGCCGUGUCUAAACCAGGUCAGACACAUUUUACAGAUAAUGAAGCAGUCAUUUUAUCCACACAAACCCAAAUCCUGUUUGUACUCAUCACUUAAGAACAUGUUAACAUGUCGUCCAUAAUGCUGGGAACAUGAGUCACUAUCAGCUGAUGUAAAUAUUUUUGUAGAUCUAGCAUUUUUGAGAUGAGGGCAAGUUGAACGUGUGUGUGUGUGUGUGUAUGAUUUAUAUAUACAGUAUUUAUGAGUACAUUAUACUCAGACGCAUUCAACCAUGAAGCAACCGUCUUAUGUGACAGUGUGUGGGGCGUUGAUAAAGAACUUGUUUGUUAUUUUAGAAUGGAAAUGGGGGAAUGGGUUGGGGAACUGGGUAUCUGCCUGACAAAAUUAUUUGAUAUUAUCCUUGGUAGAGUCUAUCACCUUUCUAUGUGGCCUGUGUUUGAAAGCGAAGAAAGAAAAGAAUCACUGCCUUCUGUGGAAGUUAUUUAUGCCAUAUUACCAGAGCAGACAUAAAUAUGUUUUGUGAAAGUAAGUAUGAUAUGUGGAGACUUACAGUCAACCUUCCAAAAGUGCAUGUUUUCUUUGUUAUUUCGGUGAAGAAUAUUGAAAACAAAAACAUACAUAAUGCUUUCCAAAUCUUUUUUUCUUCCAAUCAUGAGUCAUUUUAUAAUAAUGUCAAUCUCAAUAUUCUCAGUCUUUAACUGUGAUGACCUUCAGCAAUUUUGAUUCCAGACACAACAGGAAAAGUGACAUAUUUUUCAGAAAUGUAUAUAUUUCUAUAUCCCUGUUUGUAUCCUGCCCUGAAAUAUGAACCGAAGGGGAUUUUUUUAACUAGCACCCCCACUAUCAGUGUCCUGCACGUUUUCUCUUUCUAAAAUGCUUUAACUCGAUAUGUUUCUCGGAUACAAUUUGUAUGAAAAAGUAAGAUUAAGUGACUGUGCUAACUUGUGACUUUAAGUCGAGCAACAUUGGUAAUAACUUACAUUAAUGUUGUGCUUGUCUUUUCAACAGCUGCCGUUGCUACGAACAACCACGGUGCGUUCAGCUGAGUUAACAGGGUCACUUCUUAAACUGUAACACCAGAGACUAUGGAAGGAGAAAUGCUAUUUAACGCAGGAACAAACACUGACACAACACUGGUGCUGUCAGUCACGACAUUAGUGUCGUUAACUGUUCAAAGUUAGCCACACUCAUGUCAUUAGUGCAAAAUAAUGCGUUUAGUUCACCAAAAAUAUGAGUAUUUUUAUGCACAACAGUCCUCCUAAUUAAAUGUAAUGAUUGCCAUUUUUAACACAUUUUUAAGGUUGUGCAACUGUUGCAGUUUGCCAAAAAACAACCUAUUUAGGCAUGAUAUUAGAUGGACAAUAAAGUAAAUAACAUACUCCCUAAAGUGACUUAACUAUGUAGCUGACAUAGCUACCAGAAGUGAAAUAGUGGGUCUCUUGGGUCAAAGUCCUAGGUUUGUCUGAUACAUCCACCACCCCUUAGUGGACCCUUUUGUUCUUUAUACCCCAUAUCUAUACUUCACCCUUUGCUUUUUCACUCCAUAAUGUCAAUUCCACCUUGGCAUCCUUCAUAAUUACAAUGGCCACAAACUACCUACAAAUGUAAAUAUGGGUUGUAAUAAGAUGCUGUAGAAAUGAUACAUAGGUCCAUAUUUUAGGUGGGGAGAUUUUUUUUGCUGCCAAUGUUUGAGUUAAAGGGUUAAUUUCGGAUAGGAACAUAUUGACAGUAUUCUAAAGUAACAGUGUGGCACUUUUUUAUUCAGAUCUGCAGGACAGUUCCUCCACUGAAUUACAAACUAUACAGCUUACAUUUAUGACAGUCACAGUUAUCUGCAGCAAGCAAUUCAUCCACAAUAACAGCAUUAUGAAGUCUUCAUAAACCGAAUCAUUUACUGUGUAGUGAUGCAUCAUAAUCUCUUAUGAAGCUACAGAUAUUUACUCAGCUGUGGAAAAGCCAGAGACAAAUGUAGUAACUCCUAUGUACCUUUUUAAGUUGUGUAUUUAUGUGUGAAAUAUUUUCAUAUGACUCCAAAGGGUUUGUGAAGGUGACAUGUUGUAAAGUAUGACAAAAGCAUUAAGGGCAAUGUCUGUGGUUUUUGUUUAUACUGUACUGUAUUUAACUUUGGUAGUCUUGACACAUUGACUCCACACUGCUGUCUGAAUGUAACUAGUUGUGUUUUAUUAUCUGUGAAAAACAUAUAGACUAUAUAUUUACGUACAAUGUGUCCUUUUUUAUUAUUUCACUGAAUUAGACAAUGUUGCUAUCUUGUGUGUAUCUGCAUACGAAUACAGUAUAG